GAACUCACGGGGUGUAAACAGCGUAAAUUUGCCCUUCCCCACCCUUCUCCCGGGUUAUCUUCUUCACCCCUGAUAACUGUGGUGCAAGUUGCGAGGUGAUUGUUUUUUUUUUCUGCCGUUUUUUGGAUACCUUACCGAGAUCUAGGAUCACUUGAUUCUAAUGGUGACCGAUGUCAAGGAUUUCGAGCUUUUGGGAGGGCCCACAACAAUGACGGGGUACAGCAGGCCGUCAGAAGGCAAGUUGACGGCAGUAACUAGGAUUUUGGGAGUCUGUACUGCCAUUGUUGUCUGUGGCGUCGGAGUCGACGUCGCUUAUCACCGGCACGUUAUGGGAUUCUAUGUGACGGCUGCAUCGGCGGUGAUAUUCUUCCUAGAAAUCACAUGGGCAAUUUCGUUAUUCAUCCAAGUGUGCAUCAGGAACGAUGAUUCUUUGUGUUGGGGCUGCUGGUCUGGAGUGCUGGCCAUAACUAGGGGAUGGCGGAGAGCUAUUCUCUAUCUGCCAUUAUCGUGCAUCUUGGCUUGGAAACCGCACAGACUGUGGCUAUCUUUCGUUGCUGCUGCUUUGUUAGCGGUCCUCUCUUUGCUGCAUAUAGUGUCCAGCGCUCUUUCACGUCGAGGAAAUGAACUUACAGGAAGCGCCGACUGCGUCGGUGAAAGCCUCCUUAAUACUCGGCCUGAAAGUUACGAUCGGUUUGAGGAUGUUUUGGUGACGGAGGUUUUGGACGACGGAAUUCCAGGAUCGACCUGUCGGAUGGCCGAAAGUGACGGGGAAAUGUGACAAGAGCGACAGCCCUCAUGGGCCAGUGAAUCAGACGAGGACAGCGAACCUGAGCUGAGGACAUGCCAGAUUGCAACCUUGUCUUAGUGUACCACGGGGCCUCAAUGAGGCUGGAGUUUUAAAAAAAGAUAAUAUGUACAUGUAUAAAUAGAAGAAAUGAACUCUCGAGACCCGGAGUGCUGUGUGGAGUGAAGUUGAGUGAGAUAGGGUGUCGACACGGGUAUAAAUCUAGCCGCGUCGGUCGGCAGGCACGUGUAAAGGGGUGUAGCAAACUAGAAACUGACGGACUCAAAACUUGAGGCGGCGGUGUAGAAUAUGAUUAUAAACUCCGCACGUAUAGGAGAUAUAUGAUACAGGAGCAAUCGUGCGUAAGCUAGGUUAUAAACAUGAUAAUUAUGAGCUAACGAUGAGCCGUGGAAUAUAAUUAGACGCAGACUACGUUGCAAAAUUAAUUGUGCCAAAAUGUGUCGUGUAUUAUUCUUCGGGGGAUGUGAGAAUUCAAAGUACACAUACACUUUUAUACGUAACCGUGUCUAUCGAUAUUUGAAUUAUUAUAGUUUGAAUAUUAAUACAAUAUACACGUAUUUAGUAGGUAUACACAAAUCAACUACCAAAGUCUUAUUAUAUUAUAAUUAUUAUUUUUACUACUUAUUAUUAAAUAUUUAAGUUAUUAUAUGCUGUUGUACAUGUAUUAUGGUUGAUAAUAAAAUUACUCAAAAAUCACAA